CUCGGCUAUUUAUAUCAAUCCCUACAGAAUUUGCAAUCUGCAUUCUUGCAGUUUCUAUUAUAUUUUUUGCAUAACGUCCAGUUGUAUGGAUAGAGGAUGGAUUAUAGGUGCCGUCAAGUAAACCCACGACCAGCUCCUUAACUUUAGGGUGCAAACGAGUAGUCGCAUUAUGAUCCAAGUAUAACAUAGGGGUUAUUUAUACUAAAUCUGUUUUAUCAUACUUAUUUGAUAUUAAUACAUCUUCUAUCGAGAUAUUAUUAAAAUACUCUCUGAUAUGAUUACUCAAGCCAAUCCAUAAAUAAUGAGAAGAUAAAAGCAUCCGGUAAAACGUUGCCAAUCUAUAUGGGUUAUCAAUCAACGACUCCUCUUGACCCUAGAGUGCUAGAGUCGAUGUUACCUUAUUUUAUCAGUAAAUUUGGAAAUCCACAUUCUAGGAGCCACUCUUUUGGGUGGGAAGCUGAAGAAGCGGUAGAAGUUGCUAGGGGUCAAGUGGCAAAGCUUAUUAAUGCAGAACCUAAAGAGAUUAUUUUUACUUCUGGAGCAACUGAAGCAAAUAAUCUAGCAAUUAAGGGAAUAGCCCGGUUUUAUGGUAGUAAAAAGAAACAUAUCAUAACUGCGGUCAGUGAACAUAAGUGUGUUUUAGAUGCUUGCAGGCAUCUGGAAGACGAAGGUUUUGAGGUAACAUAUUUGCCAAUUCAAGCUAAUGGGUUAAUUAAUUUAGAAACAUUCAAGGAUGCGGUACAUGAUAACACUAUGUUAGUGUCUAUUAUGGCUGUUAAUAAUGAAACAGGGGUCAUUCAGCCACUUAAAGAGAUAGGUAAAAUCUGCCGGGAACGAGGUAUUUUUUUUCAUUCAGAUAUUGCCCAAGGAUAUGGCAAGAUUCCAAUUGAUGUUAAUGAAUGUAAUAUAGAUUUAGCCAGUAUUUCAGCUCAUAAAAUUUAUGGCCCUAAAGGGAUAGGAGCUUUAUAUGUGAGAAAGAAACCAAGAGUACGAUUAGUGCCAAUUUUUAAUGGAGGGGGACAAGAAAGGGGAAUGCGUUCUGGCACUUUACCUACCCCUUUAAUUGUUGGGUUAGGGGUAGCAGCGGAGAUAGCUUUAGUAGAAAUGGAAAAAGAUAUUAAGCAUGUAGAAGAACUUUUUAAUAGAUUUUAUGAAAAAUAAUUAUUGUUCAUGUACAUGUAAUACUUUCAAUUGCUUGACGAAUAAAAAUAUUAGUAAUAAUAAUUAUUAUUAUUCUGGUUACAAUUCGAUUCAUCCAAUUGAUAAACCAUUAACCAAUGUUGACUGUAAUAUAUUGAAUCAACAUAAUGGUAUGGUUUUUCGUUUAAAGAAAUUAAAUAAUAUAUGUCAGAGUAUUUUCAUAGGAAAUAUGAAUAAUCAGUAUGGAUAUAAUAGACGAGAAUGUUGUAGUUGUUUUGGUAAUUAUUAUCAAAAUAUGUACAAUAGACAAGAUCGUAUAAAUAAUAUUUAUGUAAGUAGAAGAUUGAACAAUUUUGGUACGAGUUUUGUAAUUUGAAAUUUAGGCAAUAGUGAUUGUGGAAAAUAUUGGACAUACGUGUUGCACAUGUCGAAGAGAAAAAAAACCAUUGAAGAUUCGAAAAAUAAUUCCGAACUCGGUUUUUAUAAAAGAUGAAGAUGAAGAAGUAUGCUUUAUUUAGAUUUUGCAUGCAAGAUUUGAACGUUGUUAAUAUUUUGUUUUUGUUUUUGGGAUUUUAGUGUUAUCAUAUUGAAUGUGCACUUCGUUUUGGUCCUUGGACAUCAUUAGAUUGGAGCAACGUUUCAGAAAGAAAAAAACGAAAUUUUUAUAACAAUUUAAAUAGCAAAUUAAUUUUAAAAAAAUUGUUAAAACGAAAUAUGAUUAUUUUUGUUUCUUCUUAUUGUUAA